AUGGCUGGAGAAUCUGAACCGUCCUUAAGAGCAUUGUUCACGCAGGCGAAGAAUCAGCAAGAUGAGCUGGAAGGUCUCGAUCCCCGGACUGUGCAAUUCAACGACACCCUCCAGUCUAUCCUUCGUAGCCUCGAGCAAUGUCGACAGUUGAUCCAGCAGUUAUCAUUAUUCAGCACGAAUGAAGAAGUGGAGGACAUCUCAACGCAGGAUCUGCAAUACCUGACAGUCGAUUGUCUCCUCGCGGAGAUCAAAAUCAAGGCCUAUGGCGAUAAUAGAUUGGCUUCGUUACGCGAGGCCGGGGAGUUGUUCGACACGUUCUUGACCCGGUUAGAUCAAUAUGGCUUGUUGGCAGCCCCGGAUCGAGAGCUGUAUGAGCGAUACCUCGAACGGAAAAGUUCAUUCAGGAUAGUCAGUACAGAUAGUGCGGAGGAAAAACGGAAGAUCAAGAUUGCGCGCUUCCAAGAGGAAAAGUCCUUGAAGCAGAAACUUCAGUAUCUGAGGAACGAAUCACAAAAGGCAAAUGUUGAUGAUGAAACCAUUCGGAGCCUGCAUCUCGCCGACAUAGCACUCCGAGUCAACAACACAUUCUCAUCUCUCGAUAUGAUUAGUCAGGAGGUGGAUAUCUUGUCACAAAUGCGCAAUACCGAGCCGAACAGGCCCAAUCCUGCCGUUCCAGACCAACGGGCUCCUGGCAGGUCUGACAACUAUUCCGAGCGUCUCGAUGGCCCCACAACGAUGGCAGGACUUGGAAGGAGAGGAGGUCCCUUGCUGAGUCCUAGCGGAAAGCCUCUUCAGCCCUUCACCCUGACAGAUAAGCGUACCCAGCUACGACAGGGUGUGUUUAGGCCGGGCCACAGCCUUCCCACAAUGAGUAUCGACGACUAUCUGGAUGAAGAACGGCGGAGGGGUGGCAUCAUUGAUGGUGGAGGGAAUGCCAACGCACCUCAGCCCGAGCCUGAUGAGGACAACAUGGACGCGGUCGAUGCUGCCACGAUGAAAGCAAGAGAAUGGGAUGAGUUCGUCGAAGCAAAUCCCAAGGGUGCUGGCAACACCUUGAACCGCGGAUGA